AUGCCCAUGCUCAAGGACCCCUCCCAGAAAUACAAGCGCUUUCAGCCCCUCCACCUUCCCGACCGCCAAUGGCCCAACAAGACCAUCGACAACCCGCCCCGGUGGCUGGCCACCGAUCUGCGUGAUGGCAACCAGAGUCUGCCCGACCCUAUGGAUGGGCAACAAAAACUCCGUUUCUUCAAGAUGCUCGUCGACAUUGGCUACAAGGAAAUCGAAGUCUCUUUCCCCUCCGCCUCGCAAACCGACUUCGACUUCACCCGUAGCCUGGUUGAGACUCCCGGUCUGUGCCCCGAUGAUGUCUGGCUCCAGGUCCUCUCCCCCUGCAGAGAAGAUCUGAUCCGUCGUACGGUCGAUUCCCUGAAGGGUGCCAAGAAGGCUAUUCUGCACAUCUACCUGGCUACCAGCCCCUGCUUCCGUCGCAUCGUGUUCAACAUGGACAAGCAGAAGAGUCUGGAGAUGGCCGUGCGCUGCACCAAGUAUGCUCGCUCAAUCACCAAGGAUGACCCGUCGACAGCCGGAACCGAAUGGCACUUUGAGUUCUCCCCCGAGACCUUCUCCGACACCGAGCCCGAGUUCGCUGCUCAAGUCUGUGAAGCCGUCAAGGCGGCGUGGGAGCCCACGGAGAAGGACCCCAUCAUCUUCAACCUGCCGGCUACGGUAGAGAUGUCUACCCCCAACGUCUUCGCCGACCAGGUCGAGUACUUCUGCCGUAAUGUCUCCGAGCGCGAGAAGUACGUCGUGUCCAUCCACCCCCACAAUGACCGUGGCUGCGCCAUUGCCGCCGCCGAACUCGCUCAGAUGGCCGGUGCCCAGCGAGUAGAAGGAACCCUGUUCGGAAACGGCGAGCGCACGGGUAACGUGGACUUGGUCACCUUGGCUCUCAACUUGUACACCCAGGGAAUCUCCCCCAAGGUGGACUUCUCCGAUAUCAAUGCGGUCAUCAAGGUGGUCGAGGAAAGCAACAAGAUCCCCGUCAACGAGAGAUGGCCCUAUGGUGGUCAGCUGGUCGUCUGCGCCUUCAGUGGCAGUCACCAGGAUGCCAUCAAGAAGGGAUUCAAGCUGCGCGAGACCGCCAGCCCCGAUGCCAAGUGGGAAAUUCCCUACCUCCCCUUGGACCCCGAGGACAUUGGCCGGAACUACGAGGCCGUCAUCCGUGUCAACUCCCAGAGUGGCAAGGGUGGUGCCGCCUGGGUUAUCCUGCGCAGUCUGGAGCUGGAUCUCCCGCGCGCCCUGCAGGUCGAGUUCAGCAAGAUCGUGCAGCGCAGAACCGAAGAAGUCAGCCGCGAGCUGCGCCCCUCCGAAGUCGUCGAGCUUUUCCAGGAAGCCUACCACCUCAAGUCCAACCCCCGCUUCAACCUGGUCGACUACAACAUCACCACGGAUCGUUCGCAGUCGCCUGCGCCUCCUGAGCCCGGCAAGGCCCUCAACACCAAGAACCUCAAGCGUCGCUUCACCGGUGUCAUCGAAAUCGACGGCAUCCAGCACGCCAUCACUGGUGUCGGUCCCGGUGCCAUCUCCUCCCUGGCCCACGCCCUGGCCACUCUGGGCAUCGAUCUCGACGUCGUCGACUACAAGGAGCACUCCAUCGGUCUGGGUCGUGAUGUCAAGGCCGCGACGUAUAUCCAGUGCACUGCGGCAGGCAGCAAGGAACAAGUCUGGGGUGUUGGUAUCCACCAGGAUGUGGUCCAGGCUAGUUUGAUCGCCCUGCUCAGCGCCGCCAGCUCCUUCCUGACCAGCCGCUCCGGCUCCCCCGCUCCCUUCCGCCCCAUCCGCUCCAACACCCUCACCGACGACGACCUCCAAGCUCUGGAAAUGCUGAACGGUCCCAGCAAGCCCAAGGUUGACAUUGACGCUCUGACCAAGCAGGCUGAGAGCCAGUAA